GUCUGUACUGCGCAGUCGCGGUGUCAUGUAAACAGCAGAGGUUCGUGAGCUAGCUAACCAGCUACAUAGAUGUUAGGGCGUUGAUACCGGCGAUAUUGUUCAAAUGUAGCUUUCAAUCAAUAUAUUUGUCUUUCUUCACCACACAUCGCAUUGUCUAGCAGGAUAAUCUGACCUGUGAGACCCUUAUCUACACCGAGGAUACCUCCUUUUGUUGUUUUGAUCAGUGAUACGAGAAGGCUAACGUUACUGUAGCUAGCAAGUUAACGUUAGACAGCAUAGUUUGGGUCCUUGCAACGUUGAGCUUCAAAGCUCGAAUGUAAGGGCGGGUUUCUUUCUCUUACAUUGUUUACAUGUUAGCUAACUUUAGAUAACUAUCAACCUAACGUGACCUAAUUGCUAGCUUGGUUAUAGUCUGUCAACUAUCGUUUUGCUAGCCAUGAUUUGACUUCGAAAACAGCAGGUAUACCAUUAUAUUAUUGAUUUGGUGCUUUGACUGUUUGGUCGUUUCUAGCUAAACAGCUUAGCUGGUAAUAAAGUAGUUCAAAUGUCAUGUUUGGGUGAGGUUGCCAAGUGUCUGUCCCUUUCUUAGUUAGCUAUAUAUUCGACACGCUGGUUUCAUGGCACUUAAAAUACCAACAUAAUGUGUUUUAGCAGGCUUGUAACAACUGUGUGGGACACUCGCUAGAUCGCUAAUUAAUUAGCUUGCUGGGCCGUAAACGUAAUCAAACUGUGAGUAGCCUAGGCCGAAAACAGGGACUGUGAAAAACAACUCGUCACUGCAGCCUAACGUUAUAUUGCCCACGACACGUAACCAGCUGCAAGGCCUGUCAUUAGGACAAUACAAUCAAUACAUGUUAACUGAAAACAGGAAACGCCAGCGGAGUGGUGGGGAAGAGGAGAAUGGCCAGCUGGUGCCUAAGGCCAAAAGGUUGAGCAGAGGAGCUAACCCCCUCUCUCCUGAGCUGGGCCUGGAUGCCUGGGACUCGGAGUUGUCCAACAGUGAGAGCAGAGGGAUUAGCAGUCCGGACCAUGCGGUGGGGAGCAGCAGCAGUAGCCAGUGUGCUGUGGACAGCCUCAGUGGGGCCCAACCCUACGCCCCUGGCCCAUGUAGUCCCCUCAGCUCGGCUCUCUCCUCAGAGCUAGCUGACCCCACUAACCUGGUCUCGUACCAUCAAAUCAACCGCAUCCUACGAGAGGCCCACUUUGAGAGUCUGCAGUGCCGAGGCCACCCCAGAGAUGCAUGAUGAUUUCCCCCCAUUCCAGCCAUGCCUCUGGGGCAGGAGAGGACCGACCACAACCUGGGCAUGCCCGGAGCAUUACAUGGUGGAUCACUCACUCAGCUCUACUACCCCUCUACAUCUCCUGUUUCCAUAACAUCACAGCAGCUCUAUGCUGUCUGCAUAUCGUUGGAUGGAGACUAGCUAGUCCAGGCCUGCUGUAUUAUUGAAACUUGGCAAUCCAUUUAGAAUGUAAAAAGAAACCUGUUCAUAUUGUUGGCAAUAAUAACUCUUUGAUCCAAUUGGGAAUAUCCUGACCUGUGACUCUUUUUUUGUUGUUCCAGACCAGUCUGGGUUACAUGCUGCAUAGUACCAGUCUGGGUUACAUGCUGCAUAGUACCAGUCUGGGUUACAUGCUGCAUAGUACCAGUCUGGGUUACAUGCUGCAUAGUACCAGUCUGGGUUACAUGCUGCAUAGUACCAGUCUGGGUUACAUGCUGCAUAGUACCAGUCUGGGUUUGUACCAUGUUUGAGAGUGAAAUUGGAGGGGCUGCAGGAACUUUGUGUCUGUACAGGGUUACUGGUGUUUGUGGUCUGUGUAGGGGUUGCUGGGGUUUUGGGUCUGUGUAGGGUUUACUGGGGUUUGGGUCUGUGUAGGGAUUCCUGGGGUUUAGGGUCUGUGUAGGGGUUCCUGGGGUUUAGGGUCUGUGUAGAGGUUCCUGGGGUUUAGGGUCUGUGUAGGGAUUACUGGGGUUUAGGGUCUGUGUAGGGGUUCCUGGGGUUUAGGGUCUGUGUAGGGGUUCCUGGGGUUUAGGGUCUGUGUAGGGGUUACUGGGUUUGGGUAGUCAUAUACUGAAUGAAAUCUGCACUAUGAAGGUUACGGUGUACUGUACGUGAAUCAAUAACAGUGAGGGUUUGUUUGCUUCCGCACUUGACAGGGGGCUAACAAUCACGUACUUUAACUAUCCAGGGUUUUGUUUAUUAGGUACCAAAUGGACUGAAAAAGGGGAAUGCCUGGACUUGUCCAUAAAAAUAAUUUGUUAAAAUUUUAUUUCACAACGUUUUACUACAGUGUGUCCUACUGAACAGUGCCCUACUGAACAGGACCAAGGGUCAUAGUGCAACUUAAUCAGGAAAAUGUUCGCCUACACCAGUAACGAAGAAGGGACCUUGGAUCUAACUGAGCUUGUAUAAAAAUGCACUGUAACCGCUGUUUUGUGACCUGUUUUUGGGUGAGCUUUGCACACGGCUUUACUACCCAAACACCUCUUAUCAAGAAGACCUUCCCUCAGCCCGGACUUGAGGGAAGUUUCAGUGGUUGAAGCCACUGAAACUGGCCUAGCUGCAAAACAAACCCACUUGAAUCCAGCUGGAUGGUUGCUGUAUGAUUCAGUCUGAAUCCAGCUGGAUGUUUGCUGUAUGAUCCAGUCUGAAUCCAGCUGGAUGGUUGUUGUAUGAUCCAGUCUGAAUCCAGCUGGAUGGUUGUUGUAUGAUCCAGUCUGAAUCCAGCUGGAUGGUUGUUGUAUGAUCCAGUCUGAAUCCAGCUGGAUGGUUGUUGUAUGAUCCAGUCUGAAUCCAGCUGUAUAAUCCAGUCUGAAUCCAGCUGGAUGGUUGCUGUAUGAUCCAGUCUGAAUCCAGCUGUAUGAUCCAGUCUGAAUCCAGCUGGAUGGUUGCUGUAUGAUCCAGUCUCUGUGAACAUCCAGGUAUUUAAAGCACCGACCAUAAGGCUGUGUGUUUUCACAGGCCCCUUUCCCCCAAAGUUGGAUUUGCUGUCCUCUUCGUGGGGGAGGAGCACAACUGUCCCUCUUUCAGUCAAGACUAAGUUUAGUGUUAUAUCAGAAAAUAUGGUUUAUUUUUAUCAUUAUUUUUUGUAUUAAGAAUUUCUACAUGACAUCUUACCUGCCAUUGAAAUUUUGGAUUUGAUUUUGUUUUUUUAAUUCAUCUACAUUUGAAAAUAAAGAUGUUUUGAAACAGG